AUGGCAGAGCUAUAUGGAAAGGCCUAUUUGCGAGUUCAGAGUGGAGAAAUCGCAAUUAAUGGAUUUCGCACAACCGGUAUAUUUCCUUUGAACCAUGAGUUUUUAGCUGCGGAUGAUGUAUCAUCGCAUUCUCCUCCUCGAGAGUUUGAAAGCGCUUAUGAAGUACCAGAUGAAAUACUAAAUAACGAAACCAUUGUAGAGAGUCCGCAUCCAAUAAGCGAUAUUUGUAAUGAAAAUGUAAAUCGUUCAGUUCUAAGUGAAUUCGAAACCAAUUCUAGGGUCAUAACACCGAUGGAAAUAUCUCCGGUUCCUAUAAAAAAAACGAAGCCUUCCAAUCGUGGCAGGCCAGCAGGAAAGUCCACGUUAAUAACAUCUUCGCCUUAUAAAAAAUCUUUACAAAUUUCGUUGGAGAAAGCAUCGGAAAAAGAAUCUCUGAGAAAAACCAACAGACGACGGGAUAUUGAUUCGAAUGAACCCAGCUCUUCCAAGGGAAUUAUCAAAAAACUAAAUUUUGCAAAAGAAAAGUGUACAGAACCCAAAAAACACCAAGAUAAUCCUAGUCAACCCAGCACUUCCAAAGCACUUAUGAAAUCAAUAAAUUCAGCAAGAGAAAAAUGUUCAGGAAAAAGGAAGAAAACAAAUUCCUCAUCCUCUUCGGACUUGGAUGACAAUUACAGUGUCCGGGACGAAUCUGACGGUGAAAUUUUAGAAUUUGUAAACGCCGGUGAGAAAGAGGAUUCGAAAUGCCUAUAUUUCUCUACGUUUUAUUCGGAAGAUCGGUCUGGUGAAAUAUGGGUUCAAUGUGUCUCUUGCAAAAAUUGGAGCCAUGAGGAAUGUGCUGGUUGUGAACAAGAUCUCUUUAUAUGCGACAUGUGUACACAAUAAUCACUUCGGCUAAUAUGGACUACCUGGUCCAUAUUACCCCCCAAUAUUUUUUUUUCGCGUUUCUGGGUAUUUUUACGUUUUUUUAGUUUAUAAUAUAUUUUGC